AUGGAUCCCACAAUGGAUCCCACAAUGGGUCCCACAAUGGAACUACCACAACCCCCCACAACAAUGAAAGCUUGGCUCUACAGCGGCACAUCCGGCGGCCUGGAGAAGAACAUGUAUCUAGACCCAUCGGCGCGCGUCCCGCCCUCUCUGAAAGGCGACGAGGUCCUCGUGGAAGUUCUCUCAAGCGCGCUCAACCCAGCCGACUUCAAAGUCCCGGAAAUGGGCCCGCACGUCCGGCACCUGGCCAUCGGGAUGCCAGCGUCCCCGGGGAUGGACUUCUGCGGGCGUGUGGUGACGACCGGCCCGGGCGCCGGCUUCAAGCCAGGCGAGCUUGUCUACGGGUGUCAUAGUAUGCCGGUGAAGUUCGGUGCGCUCGCUAAGUAUCUCUCCAUCUCGUCGAAACUCAUCGCGCCUGUUCCCGAGGGCGUGAGUGUGGAUGAUGCGGCGAGUUUAGGAAUUGCUGGGCAGUCGGCUUAUCAGGCUUUGGAUGGGCUUGGGGCUGAUGAGGUUAUUGAUUACACAGCUGUUGGUGAUCUUGUUGGGGUCUUGAAGAAGAAGGGGAUUGUCUUUGAUCAUAUUCUUGAUCAUAUCGGGUUGCCGUCGGAUUUAUACUUCCAUUGCCAUCAUUUCUUAAGGCCCGGUGGUGUGUUCGUGCAGGUCGGGGCAUCGGCCUUGACAACGUUUGUUGGCAGAGUGACUUGGCCCUCGUUUCUAGGUGGAGGAAAGAGGAAAUACGUCAUCUUCUUCUUCAAAAAUACGCGGGAGCACACCGUCAAGCUCGGGGAGCUGGUCCAGAAGGGAGUUCUCAAGUUGAAUUUCGACAGCAAGUACGAUUUUGAGGAUGCCGUGAAGGCAUUUGACAGACUUCGCUCAGGGCGCGCCAGGGGCAAAGUCCUUGUUCAUGUGGCCAAUCCUCAAGAAGACACGAGUGCGGUUGUCAACGACUUUUUGUUCCAAUAG